CAGGAGGUAGGAGGUGACAGAGUGAGAGCUCAGUGCCCUGCUGAGCUGGUUUCUGCUUCAAGUGCCUGCAUGUCAGAGGCUGAGUUUGAAGCCUCCAGCGUAGUUGGAGUUAAUUCCCAUUACACUGGACUCCACCCCUCUCCCCCAAAGUGUGAACCAGAAGAAAGGGAACAAGCCAAGCAGCCUUCCUGGUUAGAAGCCUAGCGACUACAGAACCCUGAACUAGGCAGAAGGAAAAGGAUGAUGGAAAGCAAUAUCACACAAAGAUCCAAAUGACAUUUGAGAGAAUGAUGUCCUCCAGAAGCAAGAGCCACAUGGUACGCCUAUGAGUCCCAGGACCUGCCAACCCGACGACGAAAACAGGCCAGUGAAGCCUACAUUGUAACUUGUCACAUUUGCUGCCGUGAGCAAUCUUCUCUUCCCAUCCUUUCAGAGAAUCCUGAGACCAUGAGGAGCAGCCUUACACUGGUAGGCACCUUCUGGGCCUUCCUGUCCCUAAUUACUGCUGUGGCCAGUUCUACCAGCUAUUUCCUUCCUUAUUGGCUGUUUGGAUCACAGCUUGGAAAGCCAGUAUCAUUCAGCACAUUCAGGAGAUGCAAUUAUCCUGUGCGGGGAGAUGGGCACAAUCUGAUCAUGGUGGAAGAAUGUGGGCGCUAUGCCAGCUUCACAGCCAUACCAAGCCUGGCAUGGCAAAUGUGCACAGUUGUGACAGGUGCUGGCUGUGCGCUGCUGCUCCUGGUGGCAUUAGCUGCGGUCCUAGGAUGCUGUAUGGAAGAACUCAUCUCUAGAAUGAUGGGGCGUUGCAUGGGAGCUGCACAGUUUGUAGGAGGGUUGCUGAUAAGCUCAGGCUGUGCAUUAUAUCCUUUAGGAUGGAACAGCCCGGAGGUAAUGCAAACAUGCGGGAAUGUCUCCAAUCAAUUUCAGUUAGGAACUUGUAGACUUGGCUGGGCCUAUUACUGUGCUGGGGGUGGAGCUGCUGCAGCCAUGUUGAUCUGUACCUGGCUCUCUUGCUUUGCUGGAAGAAAUCCCAAGCCAGUCAUGUUGGUGGAGAGCAUCAUGAGAAAUACCAAUUCUUACGCCAUGGAGCUUGAUCACUGCCUCAAGCCUUAAGCCUUGAAAUAGGAUUUACAGAAGAGGGUGGGAACGGGGAAAGCGAGUCCUGAAAAGAGGUACUAAGCCAAGGCAGCCACCUAAUAGUUGUGUAGCCUAGUGCUUGCAUGCUUUAUAAUCACUUGGCAUUUAUUUUCACGUUUCUGUAAAAACCCUAAGUCCAUGCCUAUUUAUACAGUUCAUCUAGCACAAUGAUUCUCUCAGUCACUUGUCAAGAGUUUCCACUGACCACCCAAGUCCAAUUGAGACCCUUUAUGCAAAAUAUGAUUCUUACUUAAAAAUUAACUGUAGAAGCAAGAAAUUCCUUAGUACUAUAAACCUUACUCCCCUCUUACUUUAAACCUUAGAUGUCAUUCAAGAACAGUUGUGUUCAGAGGCACUCGGAGAUGGACCAACCUGGUUCCCAUUCGUUCAUUUGCAUGGCUCUCUCUCUAAUAUUUAUUGUUACCCACUAUGCAAAACGUUCUCCGGCCUACACUUUGUCCCAUUUUCCUCUCUCCUCAUGUAUGAGAAAGCUCAGUGGAAGGGUAACUUCCAGGGGGGAAAACACUAAUCAUGUUUGCUUGUAUGCUAUUGCCUGGGGCACCUUUUACAUUAUGCUUUAGAAUAGUCAUAGGAGUUAAUUUUCUAAUCUUCCUGGGCAAUUGACAUCAAAAUAUAAUGGCAAGAGUUCCUCAAUCCUUUCUAGAUACAGAAAUGUUGUUCAUUGAGUGCUUUGAGUAAAGUCUAACAUUUGUGAGGUGUUCAAUAAAUAUGAAGUCAUAGCAAUGAUA